GGUUCGGGGACGAACGCGUGAGGACUUCUGGGGCUCUUGAUAUUGGCUUCUUUUCUCCUGCAUGUCAUCAUGCGCUGGCUGCUGGCUGCAUGCUGGGGGCUCGCUUUGAUCAGCGUCUCAGUGGCCCCAGACCCCGAACCCAAGAUCACCCAGAAACCCCGCUUCUACGGCGUGACCACCGGGACGAGGGUGCCCAUCUGCUGCCUGUCCGACCAGGGCCGGCUGGCGCCCCGGGCGCGCUGGUACAAGGCCGACCGCCACGGAGAGGACGAGGCCAACAGGCGCGAGAUACUGGCCGGCAAAAUGUUCACAUUUUACGACGACCAUCCUCAGAAAAAGUAUGUCCUCUUGCAACGCGCGCGCGUGGAGGACAGCGGAGUGUACUUCUGCAGGCUGAACGGCACCUGGGGUCCCGGGACGGCUGUUCAAGUCGCCAGAGCCGUGGACCUUCGCCAGGCUGAGCACAGGAGCAAGAUGAAGGAUGGACUCAUCGUCCUGCAGGGCCUGCUGCUGGCUGUGUGCAUUGCUGCUGUUCUGCUGCGCAAGCGGCAAAUGACUCAAAUGAAGGAGAGCAUAUACGAGGAGCCUGAAACUGAUCACAUCUAUGAGGGUUUGGCGAUCGAGUCGUGUGGAGGAGACCUGUAUGAGGAGCUCUCCGUGUACGCCCAGGCGGAAGAAACCGAGGCGCCGUGGGAGUGAGGCGGUCUCACAUACUAAUAAGAAGUACUAAUGCGUUGUUGGAGGGGAAAGGUUGGAUUUGAUGGCCUAUAUUUAGAAUAUAUUUCACUGCUUUACUUUGCUGUGAGACAAAUAUGUGCUCGGCAAAGUCAAAGGUCACGAGACUCCGUUAACAAAAUCACAAAGGAGUUACUGCUCCACUGCUGCCUUCAUCCAUGCUUUCAUUUUGUGACUUUGGCCUGAUGAAAGGUUAGUUUUUUUUUACCCUAAGUCUCAUACAGAUAUGUGGUGUUUUUACGAUGAACACUGGUGGCCUGGAUAUCGGCCUCUUUAACGCACAUGUGAACUGGGAUUGAAUGUGUUCUGAGAUUUUAAAUGUAAUGACCUGAAAGGGAACAAUUGUGUAAUUCAGAUUCAACAGAUUGCUUUUUUGGUGCUUCAAGAGGCUUUUUCGGGGUUUUUUAAGGGUUAAAAAUGACUUCUCUGUAAGCAUAUCUAUUUCAAUCUAGUCUUACAGGGUGUGCAGAGAGCCUGAAAAAGACACUGCUUGAUGUUUGAUUAUGUAAAAACAUAUUUUAUGUUUCAAAUUAAAAACAAACUAAUUUUUUUUGUUGGAGAAAAUUAUUUUAUUGUU